AUGUUUAGAAAAAUUAAGAUAUAUAAUUUUUCGUCGAUAUAUUCUAACUACUCUACCAAAGUGGAAAUUGACGCUAGAUUAAGGGGAAAUUUUGAGUCAAAAGAAUAUAAACCACGCAAUCAUCCAGGGCGAACGAAAGUCAAAGUAGCUACCAUACCUUCGGACAUUCAAAAAGCAAUAAAAAUUAUAUUAGAAGAUGCUGGUGCUAAAGCGUUUUAUCAAGAGAGUGAGGGCCUUCUAAAUUAUCUCCGUUCGCGUAGAUUGCCGCCAGAAGAGGGCGAAAUAAAUGAAAAAGCAGCAAAGAUUUACAAAACAGUGUCAAAAAAGGUUUUCACUGAAAUCAACAAAGACGAAAAGGAAUUAACACAAGAAGAGAUUGAACAUUACAAUAAAAAAAUUCAAAACACAGUAUUUAAUGUUCUAAAGAAGAAUGUAUACCGUUGGGCGAAUAUUUCGUAUGACAAACCAACAUGUUUGCAAUAUCUUAUGGUUAGAGCAGCCCCUGAGUAUGCUAUCUUGGUACGAAUACUAGACGAAAUUAAGAGAAAAUUGCCCGAUUACAAACCUAGAAGCUUCUUUGACUUUGGCUCUGGCGUUGGAACUGGUACAUGGGCAAUAAACACAUAUUGGAAAGGACAUAUCUUUGAGUACUUUGCUGUAGACACAUCGGUACAUAUGAAUGAUUUAGCUCGUCUCAUACUCUGUCAGGGCAAGGAUAAUGUUCAAUUACCGUUCAAAGGUUAUUUUCAAAGACAGUUUCUACCAGCUUCUACAGAUUUAAAAUAUGAUAUAGUGCUUUCUGCAUUUUCUUUAUUUGAAUUACCAAAUAUGAAAAGUCGACUAGAAACUAUUCAGAAAUUGUGGAAUAAAACUCAAGACUUCCUAAUAAUUGUGGAACAAGGCACAAAUGCAGGAUUUCAAAUUGUAAACGAGGCGAGAGAAUUUGUUUUAAACUCAGCUGAUAGCCAGAACAAAGGUUACGCUUUCGCUCCAUGCCCAAAUGAUAAUGUGUGUCCUAGGUAUAUGGAACAUGAAACUCCUUGCAAUUUUCUCAUGAAGUAUGAGUCAUUACCAUUCCCAUCUAAGGCAGAAGUAUUAGCGGAUGUAUUUUCAUAUGUAAUUUUAAGGAAAGGUGAACGUCCAGCAGAUGAUCCACUGUGGCCACGCAUUGUCCGCGCACCUAUUGUUCGUUCGGGGCAUACAAUAUGCAGGCUGUGCACUGCGCAAGGGGAGCUUAAGGAAAUAAUUUUUUCCAAAGGCAAAUAUGAUCAGACUACGUAUAGGUGUGCAAGAUCGAGCAAUUGGGGUGAUUUAUUACCUGUGAAAUAA